UUGAAAAAGUUUCUCGAACGUGUUGAAAUACACGACUAGAGUGUUAUUUAAGACGUCAAAUUAUUUACCCUUUUUAUGUGUAAAUUUGUGAGGAAGGCAGGCAAGCGCGGUAGUUUUAAUCAUAGAAAAGUGCCAGAGAAAUUCAUUCACGCAAUGAGAGUUAAAAAUUCCAAAAAUUCUUCAGGGAGUCAAAAGAAAUCUGCUUUUACCGAGCAUGCUUCAGAGUGUCCUUUGUGUCUUGAUGCUUUAGAAUUGGAUGAUGCUAAUUUCUUCCCAUGCCCAUGUGGUUAUCAGAUCUGUCGUUUCUGCUGGCAUAGAAUAAGGACCAAUGAAAAUGGGCUUUGUCCUCAGUGUCGCAAACUGUAUUCUGAAGAUCCUGCAAACUUCAAGCCUCUUACACCUGAAGAAUUGCAAAAAUUGAAAACUCAGAAAAAGGCCAAAGAGUCUCAGAAAAAGCAAAAAAUUCUGGAAAGUCGAAAGCAGCUGGCAAAUGUGAGGAUUUUGCAGAAAAACCUAGUUUUUGUUGUUGGACUUCCUCAGGGUUUAGAUUCUGACGUCGAACGAAAACAGAAAAUAUUCCAACCGUUUGAGGGUGUGGGUCCAAUUUUAAAAAGUUCUUUGAAUGAUAAAACGUCUUAUGCUGGAGCACAGGGUCCUAGUGCUUGUGCUUACAUUGUUUAUCAAAAAAGUGAAGAUGCAGUCAAAGCUAUCAAACAGUAUUCUAAUUUUAAAAUUGAAGGUCGAACACUAAAAGUUUCUCUUGGUACUACAAAGUAUUGCUGCAAUUUCCUUAAAAAUAUGCCUUGUCAUAAUAAAGAAUGCAUGUAUUUACAUGAAUUAGCUAAUGAUGAUGCAUGUUUUACUAAAGAAGAAAUACAUGCUGGGAAACACUUAGAAUAUGAAGCAAAAUUAAUGGAAAAGAUUUUGCCUAGCUCAUCCAAUUCUAAGUCUAAUUCAACUCGGCAGGAGUCUAAAAAGCCUGAAAAUCAAGAUAUUGGCUCUUCUUGUUCGUCUUUAGAAACUUCAGAUGGAAGUGAAUCCAAUGAUUGUAGAUUAUCACCAUCAAUUUCUCCGAAAGCUACUGAAAAAACAAGAAGCUCUAAACCAUCAACACCUAAACUUGAAGAAAAUUCUUCACCUGGUGCAAUAUCAUUCCUUUCUUGUAGCAGCCAAGGUAGCUCUCCUGAAGAUUCAAAGUUUAACGAAAGCAAUGAAGAAGUCUUUUGUACAAACCCUUUAAUUUCAAGAACUGUUGUAUUUCCCGGGCAACCUUCAUCCCCUGUGCAUUCAAAAAACUUUUCCAACGGUCCCGUCAGCCCAACUCCCACGAAUAGCACUUUACAUUUCUCACCUCAAGCAGUAUCCCCCUUCAGCAUUCCUCCACAAAAACCCAUUCCCUGGCAAUCUCCUGUCAGUUCCAGUCGACCAAUAAUGAGGGGAGCCCGAUCAAGAGGAUUACCAGAGCUUCACGCAUUGUCUUCAAAUGAAGUAGCACAAAAAAUUGCAUUAGAUCCUACUGCAAAUGAUGAAUCUCCAUUAUCGGAUGAACUAGGUUUUGAUCCUUGUGAGGUUGCAUUAUCUGGUCUCCGUGACUUAGUGAAGAAGAAAGUACAUGUAAGCGAACAAGAAAGGCUAACUCGAUUACUCCUGAAAAGUAUUUUACCUCCCUCAGGCGAUGUUCACCUUAGACAAAGAAAUGGUUUGCAUCAAGAAUCUAGAAAAAAAGAACAAUUGUCAAAUUUUAUUCCAUUGAUGAAUGGUCUUUCCCCUGUAUAUUCCAACCCGAAACCUCCGGUCUGUGAUAUGAAUAAUCACACGUUUCCCACUUCCAUGCCCCCCACAUUUCAAAAUCAGUUGGCUGGAGCUUUCUCUGUUCCACGUCUCCCAAUAAGAAAUAACACGUUUCUUCCACCUGUACAGUGGCAGCAACAACCUACUCCCUUACCCACACAACCUAGACCGGAGUACAUCUCUCCGCAAAGUUCUAAUUUCUCUCAACCCGGUUUCAUGCCAUUUGAACAACGAAAUUCUGCACUAUCGCCUGCUGAGCUUCAAACUCGAAUGCGUAUGCAGAGAAUGCAAGAUUUGUUUCGCAGCUCUCCUCAUCAAGUUCCAUCAAAACCAAAUUUCUCUUUGUUUUAAAGAUGUUCUAAGUGUUUUCUUCUGUUCAAGUAUUUACCUGUAUUAAUUAAAUUGUAUAUUUUACUUAUUACUUAUGAACAAUGGCAUUUUUUUCAAAUUAAAAAUUUGUGAUAUUGAUAGAAACUUUUGUUAAAUAAAAAAUAUUUUGUGCA